GCAGUGUCUCCAUGAAGAGCAGCUCGUCUAUGGAAAACAUUGCUAGUUUUGGAGACGGAAAUCAGUCUACUGAGCCAAGACAACAACAGGGGAGGUCAACGGUUACCAGUGGUCAGUCUGUCCAGCAGCAACAGACAGAGUUGAAGCGGAUCAAGGAGAAGGCACACGCUUUUCUAGACAAGGAGGUGGAGAAGCUCUGGAGGGAUCUCUUCCCAGAUUGCCCACAAUGCUCAGAGAGUCAGCGGGAGGAGGAGGUGCAUGGUGAGGAAGUGGAGCAUAGGAGACGUGCCAGAAAGGGAGUUGUAGACAUCACACGGCUCUGCAUGAAGCAGUUGAAGCUGGAGGAGCUGGCAGACACGUUGUGGAGCAAAACUGUUGCUGCUGAAUGCCAACAUAAGACCAAGUACCAUCUGAAGCAGAAGCACAAGUGUGUGUUUGAGGGAAUAGCUAAAGCAGGAGAGUCAAGACCUCUGAAUGAGAUCUACACAGAACUCUACAUCACAGAGACAGGCAGUGGAGAGGUCAACCAGGAACAUGAGGUCAGAAUGAUUGAAACAGCUUCCAGGAAACCAUCCAAGGAGGAAACACCGAUAAAAUGUCAAGACAUCUUUAAACCCUUACCUGGACAAGAAAAAGAAAUCAGGACAAUAAUGACAACUGGAGUGGCGGGCAUUGGUAAAACCGUCUUAACACUCAAGUUCACUCUGGACUGGGCUGAAGCCAAAACCAACCACGACAUAGACUUCACAUUUCCCAUCACUUUCAGAGAGCUGAAUUUACUGAAAGAUAAAAAGUUUAGCUUGGUGGAACUUAUUCAUCACUUCUUUAUUGAAACCAAAGAAGCAGGAAUCUGCAGUUACGAUCGGUUCCAAGUUGUCUUCAUCUUGGAUGGUCUGGAUGAGUGUCGACUUCCUCUGGACUUCCAGGCAACCCCGGUGUGGUCUGAUGUCACAGGGUCCACCUCGGUGGACGUGCUGCUGAUAAACCUCAUCAGGGGCGACCUGCUUCCCUCCGCUCGCAUCUGGAUAACCACACGCCCUGCGGCAGCCAAUCAGAUCCCUGCUGAGUGUAUUGACAAGAUGACAGAGAUGAGAGGGUUCACCGACCCCCAGAAGGAGGAGUACUUCAAGAAGAGAUUCAGAGACGAGAAGCUGGCCAGCAAAAUCAUCUCCCACAUCAAGAAAUCCCGAAGCCUCCACAUCAUGUGUCACAUCCCAGUCUUCUGUUGGAUCACUUCUACAGUUCUGGAGGACCUCUUCAAAACAUACCAAACAGGAGAAGAGAUGCCCCAUACCAUGACUCAGAUGUACAGCCACUUCCUUAGGGUUCAGUCCAUACAGGGGGACAGGAAGUAUCAUGGGAGAGCUGAAAAAGAUCCACGGUUGAGUUCAGAGAACAGGGAGAUCAUUGUUUCUCUGGGAAAACUGGCUUUUAACCAGCUGGAGAAAGGCCACCUGAUCUUCUACGAGGCAGACCUGGCAGAGUGUGACAUCAAUAUCAGAGCAGCCUCAGUGUACUCAGGAGUGUUCACCCAGAUCUUUAAAGAGGAGUGUGGGCUGUAUCAGGACAACGUGUUCUGCUUUGUCCAUCUGAGCAUCCAGGAGUUUUUGGCUGCCUUUUAUGUAUUCUGGUCCUUCAUUGACACUGGUAUGAAUCCACUCUCAAAAGAACAACCGACCUCUGGGGAAGAUAAACUCCUCCUCUUCUACCAGAGUGCUGUGGACAAGGCAAUACAGAGUGAGAACGGACACCUGGACUUGUUCCUCCGCUUCCUCCUGGGCCUCUCUCUAGAGACCAAUCAGAAUAUCCUGCUGGAUAGACGCCUGCUGGGACAGACAGAAAGUAGCCCAAAGACCAAUCAGAAAACAGUGUCUUACAUCAAGGAGAGGAUCAGUGGAGAUCUCUCUCCAGAGGGAAGCAUCAAUUUGUUCCACUGUCUGAAUGAGCUGAACGACCAUUCUCUAGAGGAAGACAUCCAUCAAUACCUGACAUCAGGAAGUCUCUCCAGAGGAUCUCUCUCCCCUGGUCAGUGGUCAGCUGUGGCCUUCAUCUUACUGACAUCAGAAAAGGAACUGGACGUGUUUGACCUGAAGAAAUCCUCUGCUUCAGAGGAUGUUCUUCUGAGGCUGCUGCCAGUGGUCAAAGCCUCCAAAACAUCUCUUCUGAAUAGCUGUCAUCUGUCAGAGAGAUGCUGUGAAGCUCUGGCCUGUAUUCUCAAAUCCAACACCUCUUGUCUGAGAGAGCUGGACCUGAGUAGCAAUUAUCUGAAGGAUUCUGGAGUGAAGGAGCUCUCUGCUGGACUGGGGAGUACACACUGUACACUGGAAACUCUCCGGCUGAAUGGCUGUAAUCUGUCAGAGAGAUGCUGUGAAGCUCUGGCCUCAGUUCUCAGCUCUAACCCCUCUAGUCUGAGAGAGCUGGACCUGAGUACCAAUGAUCUGCAGGAUUCAGGAGUGAAGCUGCUCUCUGAUGGACUAAGGAGUCCACACUGUACAUUGGUAACUCUCAGGUUGUCUGGCUGCCUGGUCACAAAGGAAGGCUGUGCUUCUCUGGCCUCAGCUCUGACCUCCAACCCCUCCCAUCUGAGAGAGCUGGACCUGAGCUACAAUCACCUAGGAGACUCAGGAGUUGCGCUGCUCUAUGCUGGAGUGGAGGAUCCACACUGGAGACUGGACAAUCUCAGUGUGGAGCACGGUGGAGAGUGGAGGAUGAAACCAGGUCUAAAGAAGUAUGCCUGUGAACUCACACUGGACCAAAACACAGCCCACAGACGACUCUCUCUGUCUGAGGGCAACAGAAAGGUGACACGGGUUGAAGAGAUGCAGUCAUAUCCUGAUCACCCAGAGAGAUUUGACUUCUAUUUCCAGGUGUUGUGUAGAGAGGGUCUGACUGGCCGCUGCUACUGGGAGGUAGAGUGGGAAGGAGAGGUUUCUGUAGGAGUGACAUACAGAGGAAUCACAAGGAGUGGAAUGGGUGAUGAUAGCAGGCUUGGAGGGAACGACAAGUCCUGGAGUCUUUCUUGUUGUGAUGAAAUGUGCAAUGUCUGGCACAAUGAUAUAUAUAACAGCAUACGUCUCCCCCCGCCUGGCUCUAACAGAGUAGGAGUGUAUCUUGACCGGCCUGCUGGCACUCUGUCCUUCUACAGAGUGUCCCCAGGUGGAGGAGGGUCCUCAGACACACUGACACACAUCCACACCUUCCAGUCCACCUUCACCCAGGAGGUCCUACUCCCUGGGUUUUGGUUUAUGAGUUCUGGUACCUCGGUGUCUCUGAGUCAUUUGUAGUGACACACACACACACACACACACACACACACACACACACACACACACACACACACACACACACACACACAG